AUGUCAGAUUAUCAACCGGUAAUAAGAUAUGGCCAUUCUACUGUUAGAGUAGGAGACUACUUAUACAUGUGGGGUGGGAGCCAGCCUGAUGACUUAGAUCUUGAUUUAAAACUAAACCCAGCCCAGCCUUCUUCCCAGCCACAAUCUUUCGACAAUAAAUUUGUUUUGGUCUAUCACUUGCCAACUGGCAAAUGGGAGCAAAAAGCUACUACUGGUAAGCUCCCCCCUGGGAGUACGGGAUAUGCAUCUGCAGUUAUUGGAAAAGAGAUCCUCUAUUUUGGAGGCUGUUGCAAUCACAUCGACUGCUUUCCUCGCUGUUUUCACAAUAGUUUGUAUGGCCUUAAUGUUGACACCCUAAACUGGAGGGAAGUUUCUCCCAAUACUUCUCAAUCUGGCCCCAUGAUGAAGGAAUCUGCUGGUAUGAUAGCUGUACAAGUUGAUGAAGAAGAUUACCUUGUAGUGUUUGGGGGUCACGGACCAUCUUCUGAAAAUACUCCAGCACAACCAAGUGCUCAGUACAGCACAGAAGGAUUCAGCAUUGAAAAUAUGCAAUGUACUAAUGAAUUACAUUACUACAGGAUAUUGACAGGGGAAUGGAUUUCUCCAGAUAUUGCUGGAGACAGACCACCUCCUAUUACUGGCUUCACUCUGACGUCAGUAAAUCAUAGCAGUGCCAUAUUAUUUGGAGGCUUUUCUCCCAGUGCUGACUAUAAAGUCAGUGACAAACUGUACGUCAUGGUUUUUAAUAAAGAACAACUGUCUUUGGAGAUAUCAGAAGUUCCUAAAUCUUCGCAAAAUUGA